AUGAAGUACUCCGUCCCUGUUGUCCUCGCUCUCUCGAGCAGCGCUGCCGCCGCUCCCUUCGGCGACUACAUUGACGCCAUCUUCGGCACCAAGGACACGCGCCAGGCUCCUCCUCCACCUGGCUUCCCUUCGAUGGGCAUGCCGCCCAUGGGUUCUCCCACCCCAGGUUUCCCUCCUAUGGGUCCUCCUAUGGGAACUGGUGCACCAACUCCCCCAAUGGGUGCUCCCACCCCAGGCUUUCCCCCAAUGGGUGCCCCAACUCCAGGCUUCCCGCCUAUGGGCCCUCCUUCUGGCCUCCCACCGAUGGGCGCACCAACCCCCGGUUUCCCUCCUAUGGGCCCACCCAUGGGCACCGGAGCCCCAACACCACCCGGCUUCCCCAUGCCCAUGCCCACCGGCGGCUUCCCAGGCGGCCCUGGCGGUCCAGGCGGCUCCAGCAACAUGCCCCCCUCAUGGCCCGUUCGCGCCCGCGCCGCCCGCAAUCUAGCCAUCGACUACCAGCUCGCUCCUCGCCAAGGCGGCGACCUGCCCCUCCCCAGCUUCUCUCUCGCAGACCCAGAGAACGGCGGUGCACCUCUUCCUACUGAGACCGACUCUGGCUCACCCGGAGGUGGCUUCCCUGGUCUACCUACUCCCACCGGUGCCCCCGAAGGCCCAGGCGGUGGCUUCCCAGCGCCCACAGGCGGAUUCCCUGGUCUGCCAACCGGCGCACCUGAAGGACCUGGUGGACCAGGCGGCCCAGGUGGUUUCCCAACAGACCUCCCUUCUUUCCCCAUGCCCACUGGCGGUGCGCCUGGAGGCGGUUUCCCCGGUCUCCCUGGCACAGGCAUGCCCGGUCUGCCUACCACCAUGGAGACGAUGACACGUGGGCCUAAGCCGACUGGUAUGCCUGAGCUGCCAGGCCAGGAGGAUGGUCAGCAGGGUCCUGGUGGUGAUGGCGGUUCCGGUGGCUGGUGGAGCUGGUUCAGUGGAUUGUUUGGCGGUGGUAAGGGUGGUGAGGGUGAGGGUGCUGGAGCUGGUGAAGGUGCUGGAAGUGGAAUCGGCGCUUAG